AUGUCAUCCUUUUCAGACUUGAUCCCCGUGGUCAACAAGUUGCAAGACAUCGUCACCAACACCCAGUUGCUGGACUUGGACUUGCCGAUUUUGUCGGUGAUCGGCUCGCAGUCUUGCGGUAAGUCGUCCGUGUUGGAGAAUAUUGUGGGCCGUGACUUUCUUCCGCGCGGGACUGGUAUCGUCACCAGAAGACCGUUGGUGUUACAGUUGAUCAACAUCAGCCCUGAACAGCCGGACUACCAGAAGUUUUUGGACAGACAGCUCCAGGAGGUGCAGAAUGGUGCUCCAGGUGAAUUAACCUUGGAAGAUCACUUAAGAAACUCGUCACCCAGCCUGGAGGGGCACUCCGUUCCGCCUAGCGACGAGGGUGAGCUUUUGGAGUGGGGUGAGUUCCUCCACUUGCCCAACAAACGCUUCUACAACUUUGACGACAUCAGACGCGAGAUUGAAAAUGAGACCGCACGCAUUGCUGGUAAAAACAAGGGAAUCAGUCGUCUCCCGAUCAAUCUCAAGAUCUUCUCCACCAAAGUGCUUAACUUGACCUUGGUGGACCUCCCUGGCUUGACAAAGAUUCCGAUCGGCGACCAACCAACUGAUAUCGAAAGACAAACACGUAACUUGAUCCUGGAGUACAUCGCGAAGCCAAACUGCGUCAUUUUGGCGGUCUCCCCCGCCAAUGUGGAUCUCGUGAAUAGCGAAUCGCUCAAGUUGGCAAGGCAGGUCGAUCCUCAGGGGAAGCGCACGGUCGGGUUGUUAACCAAGUUGGAUCUUAUGGACCAGGGAACCAACGCUGUGGAUAUCUUGAACGGGCGGGUCUAUCCGUUGAAGUUGGGGUUUGUCGGGAUUGUCAACCGCUCGCAGCAGGACAUUUCGGCGAACAAGCCCUUGGGCGACUCGUUGUUGGCCGAGGAACAGUUCUUCAGCAACCACCCGGCGUACUCAAAAAUUGCGCUGAAAUGCGGGACGAAGAACCUUUCCAAGAAGUUGAACAACAUCUUGAUGAACCACAUCAGAGAGCGUUUGCCAGACAUUAAGGCCAAGUUGAACACGUUAAUGGGCCAAACGGAGCAGGAGUUGAGAUCCUACGGCGAAGAUAACUUGCUCGAUGCGGACAUUGCUACCAAGGGCUCACUCAUCUUGCAGUUGAUGACCAAGUUUGCAAACAACUUUAUCAAUUCUAUUGACGGGAACAACUACCAGUCGACGCGUGAGUUGUGCGGGGGUGCGCGCAUCUACUACAUCUACAACGAAGUCUUCGGGAGGUCUUUGAACAGCAUUAACCCGGUUAUCAAUCUCUCAAUUGCAUCGAUCCGCACCGCGAUUCGUAACUCCACCGGCCCGCGCCCGCUGUUGUUUGUGCCGGAGUUGGCGUUCUAUCUCUUGGUGAAGCCGCAGAUCAAGCUCCUUGAGGCGCCGUCGAAGCGCGUGGUCGAGUUGGUAUACGAGGAGUUGAUGAAGAUCACGCACAAUAACUGCGGGGGGCCCGAGUUGUUGCGUUAUCCGAAGUUGCACUCGAAAUUGAUCGAGGUUGUUUCCGAGUUGUUGAGAGAGAGAUUGGGGCCGACCACGACCUACGUCGAGAGUAUCAUCGACAUCCACAGGGCAUACAUCAACACCAACCACCCUAACUUCAUCGGCGCGCCUCAGGCGAUGCAGGAGGUGGCUGAGGAGAGGCAGAGGAUGAGAGCCGAAAAGAAGACCAAACCGGUGAUUAUGGUGGAGGAAGAAGUGGAAGCCCUGGCCAAUGGCUCUAUAUACGAACCGAAGAAGAGAACGGUCAGCAGUGUCGAAGCAAAGGAGAAGGAUUCCUUCUUGAACUACUUUUUCAGCAAGGAAAACCAGAAGAGUGACGAGCUCACCCAGACCAGGGGCCAGAAUCUCCACCAGCAGCCGGAGUACAAGCCGUUCCAGUUCCCUACUGAGGCCGACACUUUGCAGUUCCACGAUCCGAACCAGUUGGAGUUUGGUAAGCUCGACGUGAAGGCCGCGGCUGGAGAUGAAGCGUUUUCGGAGGAGUUGACGGAGCGUGAGGAGUUGGAGUGCGAGUUGAUUCGCCGCUUAAUCAGCUCGUACUUUACCAUUAUCCGUGAGAUGAUCCAGGACCAGGUCCCGAAAUCGACAAUGUUUUUGUUGGUUAACUUUUGCAAGGAUGAGAUCCAGAACCGCUUGGUCUCCAAAUUGUAUAAUGUGGAUAAGUUUGAUGACUUGUUGAUGGAGGAUGCGGGGUUGAUGAACGAGAGGGCUAAGUUGGUGACAUUGUUGGAGAGCUAUAGGCAGGCGAUGGCUGUGAUUGGAGAUCUGAACGGAUCCUCUGAUUACCCGAUAGUGAUGGUUAAGAACUUGCCCUACGAGACCACGCUGUCCGAGCUCUAUGGCAUGUUUGGUGUCUACGGCGCGAUCAUACAGGUGCGGAAGGGCAACACCCCUAGCACCAGAGGCACAUGCUUGGUGGUUUACAACAGUCUAAAGGCGGCCAAGGCGGCCAACGAUAGGCUCCAGGGAGUGAACUUCAAGGGCCGUUACGUCACGACGCUGAUGUACGGCGUGGACCGCACCAAGUUGAAGGCCGAAGAGUUGGAGACGAGAAAAGACAUCCUCGGAAAGUUAAAGGAUCAAUACGGGAUUGAGUAG